CGCCCCCGAAGCACACGCUCAGCCGCGUGAUGAUGGCGCGCUCGCGGGGCCGCGAGCGCCUGUGGGCCUGCACCCGGGAGCCCCUCAAGCAGCCGCUGCUGCGCAAGGCGGCCACCACCGAGGAGAUGAGCCAAGAGGCCUGCAUGGCCUUCAUGGCGGUGCUGAAGUACAUGGGGGACUACCCGUCGCGGCGGGCACGCUGGGGGAACGAGCUCACGGACCAGGUGUUCGAGGCGGCGCUGCACACCGAGCCCCUCAAGGACGAGAUCAUCUGCCAGAUCAUCAAGCAGCUCACCGACAACCAUGUCAAGUACAGCGAGGAGCGUGGCUGGGAGCUGCUGUGGCUGGCGCUGGGCUCCUUCCCACCCAGCAACCUGCUGCUGCCCCACGUGCAGCGCUUCCUGCAGGCGCGGCGCCACCACCCCGUGGCCCUCGACUGCACGCACCGCCUGCACAAGACGCUGCGGUGA